GAAAAUUUCGAUAAAAUGAAGAGCUUUCACCACUUUACAUUUGAAUACGACCAGUUGUUCCCCCAGUGGGACUUCACCAUCGACCAGGCUGAAUUACUCAGGUUUAGUGAGAAAUACGGCACUGUGGAGUGUGAGAUAGAUGAUAAUGAUCCCCAGCAGAAGAUGUUAAAGUGAGCGUCUCUUGGGAAUGAUGCUUGUUUGAAAAUUAAUGAGCCUGAAAUUGGAAAAUCAUAUUGUUUAAGGAAAACUCCGAAGAGGAGGGUACAGUCCUUCCUAGGGGAAUCUUCUCUGAAGUUGAGGCAUACUCUAGACCCAUCCCUCUUCAGUUCUGCUAGGGGGAAGUAUUCUCAAAGGAAAGAUAUUGUGCUCAAAAGUAUUUUAAGAGCUAUUCGAAGAUUUUAUGUUAAUAUUUUCAGAGCUAGAUAUCCUUCUUUAUUCAUUUGAAGAGUUGUAUAUAUUUCAGAGUCCCAAAUUAAAGAAGCUGUUCAAGAGAUGUGAAUUGAGUUAUUCACAGCAGAGGUCAAAGAAAAGUACCACCUAAAUGUUUUUAUGCAAACCUUACUUGACUUCAAGCCACCAGUUUAUAAAGAAGAGCACCAUGUGGUUAUCAAAAGAGCGAAUCAGAUACUUAAAUGUUGAAAGAGUUUUAGCACUAAUACAUUUAAUAAAUUUUGUGAUGACCCAUGAUUCAGGAAAAUUUGUCAGAAAAUCCUCAUUAGCUUUGAGGAAGAAUUCCUAGCCACUCUUAAAAACAAAGAGCAGAACCUGGAAAGAUACAAAGCAGUCCUUUGCAGCUUUUGUGAAUAAUUAACUUUGCACUAAAAAUGUU